GUUCUUCCUCAGCGGGCCGAUGGCUGAGAACAAGCCGUAUCGUUACGGGCUGAUCGUGCUGGGGCUGCUGCUGGUGUCCGUGGGCCUGUUUGUGAUGAGCGUAGAGGAGCCUCAAGUCUUCGCCACCUUCUGUGCCAUGGGGGUGCUGGCGGCCGCCGUAGGCACCGUCUGGAGUAUGUGCCAGUGCUACCCAAAGGUAACCCUCAUUAUACCCAACCAAGAGGAGAUCUGGACGAGUGAGAAGGUGGGACCGUAUACCAUUCCAACAAUCAGUUCCUGUGAGACACCCACUGAACCACUGAAGGCUCCUCUGGCAGAUCUCGAUGAUGAAGAGGGGGAAGAGGAAGAUACAUAUGUCAUGAGCGGCUCUGCUGUGGCCACCAUUCACACCUCUCGGACUCCUCCGUCCUGCUCCAGCAGUCCUCUGUCUCACAGGAAGACACUGGGGCUGGAGUUUGAAGCUGAAAUGUAUUAUGGGACAGUGGAGGACUCUUGUUAUCUCACCUCCGAAAUGGACAGUGACUGACAGGGGAAGAUAAGCUGCAAUUAUAAGUAUAUUUUUUGGGCUUUUUAUGCCUUUAAUGAUAGAUACAGUGAAGAAUGACAGGAAGUGAAUGGGAGAGAGAGCAGGGGUAGGAUCCGGAAAGGACCACGGGGCGGGAAUCGAACCCGGGUCGCCGGCGUACGGUGCAGGUGCCCCAGCCAGUUGCGCCACAGCUGGGGCCUGAUAAGCUGUAUACUUUAAAUUAGAUAUAUUUUAAUUUUGUGGGUUUAUGAAGGAUAAUAUAAAUGUGAAUUGACUUCAGCAUGUUAUGGCAGGUACAAAUGCUGGUUUCUUCCAUGUCUAUACUAUUCAAGUUUGCUCUUAUAAAAUACAUUUGUUAAUAAAAAGAGUAUAGUUU